AUGAUUUCCAUCUCGCCCUAUGUGACUCUCUUCUAUGAUGUCAUCACCGACCAAGAAAUAGAGGCGCUGAAAGCAGCGGCACAAAACAAGUUACAGAGAGGCACCAUUGUAUCUAGUGGUACCUUGCACAUUCAUAACUACAGGACAAGUCACGUCGCAUUAUUCCAAAAUUGGGAUUCGCCAGAAAUAAUGGGACCUUUAACUUUGAGAGUGGCAGCCAUCACCAACCUUAACACGGAAACCUACGUGCCUGGUAGCGCUUUCAGUGCCGAGCAGUUUCAGGUUGCUAGCUACGGAACUGGGGGCCAAUAUGGCUUGCAUUAUGACUUCCUUGGUAAGGAGGUGUUACAUGAAAGAAUGCGCACUGAGGCAUUUAGCAUGUUUGGCGGAGACAGACUCGCUACGUUCCUUAUAUAUCUGACGGAUGUAGAGCGAGGCGGAUCAACCGUUUUUCCGAAACUUGAUGUUGCUCUCAGCCCAGUCAAGAAAAUGGCAGUAUUUUGGUACAAUGCCAAACCUUCAGGAGAAUUAGACCAGUUGACAGUUCAUGGUGGUUGUCCAAUUGUUGUGGGAAAUAAAUGGGUAUCAAAUAAAUGGAUGUGGAAUUACGGCAACACAUUUACCCGACGAUGCGGUCUGACACCCAAAGCAACACAGUUGGACAUAGAACCAUACAUGAGGAAAGGCUGGGUGUAA